AUGUUCUUGUGUCCUUUCUUUUCCAUCUUUUCUCUCUAUUCCUCUUUACCUUCUCCUCUUUCAUAUUCUUCAUCUCUUUUUUCUUUUUGUUUGUCUCUGUUUUUUUUCUCUUCCUGCUUUCCUCUACCUUCUCCACUCUGUUAUUCUUUAUUUCUCUUUUCUCGGAUCACACUUUUUUUCAUUGUCUUCUUCUGUUUCUCUUUACCUUUCUAUCUUCCUCAUCUCUUUUUUUUUUUUCUAUAUCCCUCUUUUCUUCUCAUCAUCUCCCCUUCUUGCUUCCCUCUACAAUCUCCACUUACGCCAUCUUUAUCUCCUCUUCUUUCUACCUCCUCUUAUUACUCAACUUCUUAUAUCCCUCUUUUCUUCUCUCCUGCUCCUCCUCUUGUUUCCCUCUACGGUUUCUUCUUACGCUUUUUUAAUCUCCUCUUCUUUCUUUCUCCUCCUACUACUCAACUUUUUAUAUUAAAUUUUCUUCUCUCCAGCUCCUCCUUUUGCUUCCCUCUACAUUCUCCUCUAACACCUUCUUCCUCUCAUCUUCUUUCUUCCUCCUCCUGCUACUCAACUUCUUACAUCACUCUUUUAUUCUCUCCAGCUCCUCCUAUUGCUUCCCUCUAUAUUCUUCUCUUUCGCCUUCUUCCUCUCUUCUUCCUCCUACUACUCAACUUUUUAUAUGGCUCUUUUCUUCUCUCCACCUCCUCUUCAUGCUUCCCUCUACAUUCUCCUCUUACGCCGUCUUCAUCUCCACUUCUUUCUUUCUCCUACUACUACUCCACUUCUUUCUCAUUUUUAUAA